AUGAAUUCUCAAAAAUCAACAUUGAGCGAAGGAGGAAAACCCAUCAAUAUCCAUGGUGAUAACAGUGAGAUAGGUGAUGAGGGGCUUGCUGGUAUCGAUAGCCAUGGCAAAGGAGAAGUUGACACUGGGUGCCGUCAAGAGGGCGCCAAGGAUGAGGCGUGGGUCAGGGAGGUAGAGACACCAUUGGGCACCGUUGGCCAGGAGGCGUUGGGGCUGUCUGCUGUUCGUGCAAGGGGUUUCCCGAGGGAAACGCUAGAGCUGGGCGCUACUGGCAAAGCGACCAAGUUGCUGGGUGCCACUAGCUAG